AACAUAAUAUAUCAAUUUUAAAUUAUUUAAAAAAAAAAAAAAAAAAAAAAACGUUUCAAGGCUACGGAGGAUGGGAGAGCUCAGCGGCCAAUAGUUUUUUUCUUUUUUAAUCCUGUGAUUUUAAAAUUUUGUCUUUAUUUGUUGGAUUUGGAUGCUCCGUUUGAGUGGUUCUGAACAUUAGCAAAAGGCCUUCUUCUUUCUUUUUUUUUUUCUUUUUUUUUCUUUUCUUUUUUGCUUUAUAAUUUUGAAUUUUCCUUUUUGUAUAUUCCUUUUUCUCAUAUAAUUUACAGUUUUGGAAUAUACAGAAAGAUGUGAAUUCAGAUGUGAAAGCAGUCAUCGACAGUUGCCCGUCAAAGCUUGCUUUUUUCUUUUCUUAUUUUUGCUUGGUGCCAAAAGAACUGUAACACUGCUUUCUCUAGAGAUCCCAUUGUAGGGCUUAAACAGAGCUCCCUUUGCUCUUCAAUCCCCUUGAGAAUUGGUCCGAGUUGGUUUUGUUUGGAUAAAGCUCGUUUUCUUUUUGAUCUUUCCCUCUAAAGACGAAGUGGUUAUCUUUAAAAGGACAAAGUUUUUUUUUUUUUUUGGGUAAAAUAAAGUUUUAUUUUUGGGUAAAAUAAAGUUUUAUUUUUUAUUUGUUAAAUUAUUAAGACUGUAGAAGGAGGGAAAUUUUUUAGAACAGACUGAUAGAUAGCUAAGGAAUCUUCUUCUGAACAUGACUGUAGCAUUACUAUGGGUUGCCAUUCCCAAUGCAGAAGUUUCCAACUCCUUUGGGUUCUUCCAUUCGGUACGGGUUUUAGAUUCAGCCAAAUUUGGUUCUGUGGAUCGGAGUUUGCUGUUUAAGGGAAAAGCAAAAAAGGGAAGGAACCUGAAAUGGAAGCCCAGCUCAGUGAACAUAGAUUUGGGGAAUCCUUGUAUAGGUAGUGGAAGCAAAUUACCUGUAAUAUCGAGCAUGGUAGCAAGUCCGGCAGGAGAAAUGGCCGUCUCGUCUGAGGAGAAGGUAUACAGUGUGGUGCUGAAGCAAGCAGCCUUGGUUAAAAGGCAAUUGAGGUCUAGUGAGGAUCCUGACGUCAAACCAGAUAUUGUGCUUCCAGGGACUUUGAGCUUGUUGAGCGAAGCUUACGAUCGUUCUGGACAAGUUUGUGCUGAGUAUGCCAAGACAUUUUACUUGGGAACUCUGUUAAUGACCUCUGAAAGGCGAAGAGCUAUAUGGGCAAUAUAUGUGUGGUGUAGAAGAACAGAUGAGCUUGUUGAUGGGCCUAAUGCUUCACACAUAACGCCAACAGCUUUAGAUAGGUGGGAGGCAAGGUUGGAAGAUCUUUUCCAAGGUCGUCCAUUUGAUAUGCUUGAUGCUGCUUUAUCAGAUACUGUCACUAAAUUUCCUGUUGAUAUUCAGCCAUUCAAAGAUAUGAUUGAAGGAAUGAGGAUGGAUCUGAAGAAGUCUAGAUAUAAGAACUUUGAUGAGCUUUAUCUUUACUGUUAUUAUGUUGCUGGGACGGUUGGAUUAAUGAGUGUUCCAGUCAUGGGCAUUGCACCUGAAUCACAGGCAUCAACUGAGAGUGUUUAUAAUGCUGCUUUGGCAUUAGGAAUAGCGAAUCAGCUGACCAACAUACUCAGGGAUGUUGGAGAGGAUGCAAGAAGAGGAAGGAUUUAUUUACCACAGGAUGAGCUAGCACAGGCAGGGCUUUCAGAUGAUGACAUAUUUGCUGGAAAAUUGACGGAUAAAUGGAGAAAUUUCAUGAAGAAUCAGAUUAGGAGAGCUAGGAUGUUCUUCAAUGAGGCAGAGAAAGGAGUAACAGAGCUGAGUGCUGCAAGUAGAUGGCCGGUAUGGGCAUCCUUACUCUUAUACCGGCAAAUACUAGACGAGAUAGAAGCAAAUGAUUAUGACAACUUCACAAAGAGGGCUUACGUGAGCAAAGCCACGAAGCUGGCUUUCUUGCCAAUUGCAUAUGCAAGAUCAUUUGUUAGGUCAUCAAGAAUGUCAUCUCCUAUGACAUCGCCAUGAUACAUAUAUAUAUGGAACCAUGAACAUCAAUUUCUAAAUCAUAUACAGAAGAAAAGGAUUAGGAAAAAAAGUUCAUAAUAUGUACUUCGCAGCUGUAUUCAUAAUGCAGCAAAUAUUCAUUAAAAGUAAUGAUGAUGAAUUCAAUUUAUUUCAA